UUUCCCUCCCGCUUUUCCUAUCAUCCAAAACGAACUCAAUACUCUGUUCCACUUCCUCCUUUCCCUCUCCCUCUCACUGAACCCAGGUUGCAGCAGCUGCUAUAAACCCCACUCAGUUUCUCAUCGUCUUCUCUUUUGCCACUCUCCCUCCUAGACUCUACCACCUUGACUUUUGUCCUUCUUUCUAUCUUCCUUCCACCGUUGAGCUUUCUAUCUUCUGGCCAUGGCGGUGGCAGAGCUUACCUCCCGUGCUGCUGCUGCUGCUUCAUUUGCCCGCAACAACGCCAACAGUCUCCACGCUUCACAAAUCUAUGUCCCUUCUUCCUCAUCUCUUUCCUCCGACCAUUUCCGAACCAGAUAUCGAUCCACGGUCCUCCCCAAAAUCACCUGCUCUGUAAAUCAAGUUCAAAAUUCGGCUCCGGUUCAGGUCGAAAUACCGAAGGACAAGGCUGACUGUUAUGGUGUUUUCUGCCUAACCUACGAUCUCAAGGCUGAAGAAGAGACUAAAUCAUGGAAAAAGAUGAUCAACAUAGCUGUAUCUGGUGCGGCUGGGAUGAUAUCCAAUCAUCUUCUCUUCAAACUUGCAUCUGGUGAGGUAUUUGGACCCGAUCAACCAAUCGCAUUGCGACUCUUGGGCUCUGAAAGGUCAAUCCAAGCUCUUGAAGGAGUCGCAAUGGAGCUUGAGGACUCCUUGUUUCCUUUGUUGAGGGAGGUCAAUAUCGGAAUAGACCCAUAUGAGGUGUUCCAAGAUGCCGAGUGGGCUCUACUGAUUGGAGCAAAGCCCCGAGGACCCGGGAUGGAACGAGCUGACUUGCUAGAUAUCAAUGGCCAGAUAUUUGCUGAGCAGGGAAAGGCUCUAAAUGCCGUUGCCUCUCCGAACGUGAAGGUGAUAGUAGUUGGAAACCCUUGUAAUACCAAUGCUCUGAUUUGUAUGAAAAAUGCUCCAAAAAUACCAGCGAAAAAUUUCCAUGCUUUGACUAGGUUGGAUGAGAACAGGGCGAAAUGCCAGCUUGCCCUAAAAGCAGGUGUCUUCUAUGACAAAGUGUCAAAUGUGACGAUAUGGGGAAACCAUUCCACAACUCAGGUUCCAGAUUUUUUAAACGCUAAAAUAAACGGGUUGCCUGUCAAGGAAGUUAUCAAAGAUCACAAAUGGCUAGAACAGGAAUUCACUGAGAAGGUGCAGAAGAGAGGUGGAGCACUGAUUCAGAAAUGGGGGCGGUCUUCAGCUGCAUCAACGGCUGUUUCAAUUGUCGACGCCAUAAAAUCUCUCGUGACUCCUACUCCUGAGGGUGAUUGGUUUUCUUCUGGCGUUUACACAACUGGAAAUCCUUAUGGCAUAGCAGAAGAUAUAGUUUUCAGCAUGCCAUGCAGAUCAAAUGGAGAUGGUGAUUAUGAACUUGUCAAGGAAAUACAAUUCGAUGACUACCUGCGCAGUCGAAUAGCUAAGACGGAGGCUGAACUGCUAGCUGAGAAGAGGUGUGUUGCACACCUGACAGGAGAGGUAUGGUUCAUUCACCAUAACAGCUCCAGUUUUGUGAGCUUAUCUGAAGUAGAAUAAGAAUCACCCAUGGUUUGGUUUCUUUUUCAGGGAAUUGCUUACUGUGACCUGCCAGAGGACACGAUGCUUCCUGGAGAGAUGUAAAAUGGCACCACAGAGCUGCUUACCAGUAGAAUUUCUUACGAUGCCACAAUGAGACUGCUGCUGCAUUGUCGUGGUUGAUAGUGUAAUUAGUUUACACGGUAGAAAAAAAAAAAUAUUAUCAGUUGUGUGGAGGAGGAUGAACUUGGCUGAGUAGGCAGCAAAGGGGUCCUUCAAAUUUCCAGAAGUUCGAUAAAUAGCUCAGAGAUUGGGAGUCUCUUGUUUGGUUUAUUGCCUUAUUGGAUUACACAUUAAACGUUCCAAUGAUGAGAUUUCAUGAGAA